AAUAGAGUUUCUGCGUAUAAUGAGUCAUUAGCAAGAGAUAGAUUUUGAUACUUGUAUGUAUGUGUAUCUAUGUUGUAUAACAGUCGAAAUCAAAAAUUUCGACAUCCUUCUGAAAAAUGACACGGCCGCGCACGCCGCUCCUCAAUCGCCCAGGCGUACGGCGCGUAGGCGUUAUAGCGGACGUACAGUAUGCAGAUGUCGAAAACGGCUCAGACUUUGCUCAGACGGAAGUGAGACGGUGUAUUACAGUAACUAUCUUCAAUCAUCAUGUUUCCUAUGUGAAAAGAUGUAACUACUUCUUCAUUUGGCAAGUAGACAUAAUUGCCUUGAUUUGUGAGCGUGAGACUGAAUAUAUCCAGCAUGAUCGAUGCUCAUCUUGUUUGAGAUUCGUUACUUUGCGGCACAGGUCGUGCCUCGUCUUCGCAUGAGUAGUUCUCAGUACUAUCAAGUUUUUGUCUCCACUUUUUUCGUUCCGUAUGUUCCAGGUACCGGUCCGCGCUCGAGAUUGCUCGUGCGAUGGAUUUUAGGGCACACCGUUGCGACGCAGUUAUGCAGUUGGGCGACCUAGUCGACGGCAAAGCGCGAAGCCACUACGGGCGUGCCGCUAACGCGGUUGCUGCUGCUAUAGAAGAGUCCUUGUCUACGUCUACAAGUGCAGAUACAGGCCAACAGGACGAUGGCAGUCCACAGGAAUCUUCAACAUCGACGGAAGCCAAUGCAAAGGCGUUGGAACGUUUCGAUAUUGUCGGAAAUCAUGAGCUCUAUUGUGCACCAAGAAGUUGGUGGAGUCGCUCAUUCUGGCUACCUCCGAAACAAGUGGCGGGCCACCAGGAAAAUGACGCGGGAGACGGACAGAAACAGAAAGUUGCUCAAGAAACAGCAGCAGCAGGUCAACAAGAUGCAGGUGAACAACCAGACGAGGCUCCAAACAAUCCUGAUUCGUUGUACUACUCUUUAGUAGUAGCUGGUGGGAGGUGGAGACUCAUCGUUUUAGACGCUUACAUCGAAAGCCUCUACGGGUAUGACGACUUCGUUCCAACACAAGACGUUUCUCCUGAGUCAUCAUCACAGCAGCACCCGAUGGUGCAGCGCGCUCGUGCAAUUCUCGCAGCUGAAAACCCGCAGGUUCUAAGGGGUUUUGAUAACCCGAAAGGGAAUUUCGACUACUUCGAGGGCGUACCACUGGAGCAGCAGCGUUUCUGUCCCUACAACGGCGCUUUCGGUGCGAGGCAGCGUGCGUGGCUCAAGGCCGAACUUGAUGCCGCAAGGGCCGCGCAACAAUUUGCGUGUAUAUUCUCGCACAUACCAGUGAUGGCCACCGAAGAGCAUGGGGGUUGGAGGACACUCGCAUGGGACACAAAAGAGGUACUUACUUAUUUCGAGCCGCAGUGUUAGGUCGAUGUCUAGUAUCAUCGAUGAUACAAGCGUGUUCUAAUUCUUUCACUGUGGCUGUGCUUUAUUCUGCAAUUUCAUUUACAGAUGAUUGAAUUUGAACAGCGAAUGAAGAGCAAAAUGGUCAUGGUCAUGUACCAGGUUCGACUCUGGAUGGCCGUUUUUGAAGCAAAACUUACACAGAGCAAAACUCAUGAACUACAUCUGCAACUACAUCAAGGCUAUCUGACUGGUCAACGAUGGUCCCAAAGUAGAACACUUUUGCUAAAAAUAGAUGCAAUUUUCAAAAAAAAAUCUGCGAGAAGUUUUGAUCUCCGCGAGAAGAUAGAGAGGUUUAUCGAUCUACAUCAAAUCCUUCCACGAACAGGUGCUGGAACUUUUGGAGCCUUAUGCGGAGGAUACUCUUGUUGCCUUCUACGGAGGACACAGACAUCGCUAUGCACACAUGGAAAAGGAUGGGAUACAGCACGUCGUACUAAGUAGUCCUAUGGUGCAACCGGAAAAAGGAGAGAGCGCAGCCCUUCUGGAUUUCAAUGAUGAUGGCAGCAUUCUACAAACUGGAUUCGGCAUGCCAAGCAUAUCUGUCCGCAACAGCAGGGUUGAUGGAAAUAGGCGUUGAGAAUCAAGAACUGCUAGUGUGGUUGCGGGUGGUCGUUGCGAGGUGGCUAAUAGUAAUAGAAGCUUUCAUUGUUGGAAACGUGAGAAGUAUUAACAACAAGGUAGUUGUAGUUGACGUCUGGGGUCUAAUGAUAUAUUUUUUUGUUUGAAGAGAAAGAAAGAUCUUGGUCUUCUUCGGUUCAAAAGUCUGCAGGUGCAGCUGCAGUCCACAAAAACAAAUUACCGACGUCGUGGUAAUAUAGAAGAUAAUCAGCGCGAUAUUAUUUUUUCAACGUGAGAUUGAUCGUAAGAGAGCUGGCAAGGCGUGUGCAUAUGCAGGGCUUUCAUGGCCAUAUUGAGCUGGUGUCUAAUCUUCCGCUCAAUCCGAUGCGGUAAUAAAGCAAAGAAGCC